AUGCGGUCACUCUUGAGCCUUGUGCUCUUUCUCUUCGCGGCGCUGGUUUCGGCCGUGAGCACAGCUGGAAACCGUCUGCUGGUUGUGUUGGAUAGUCCAGAUGACAAGAAGGCCUACACAACCUUUUUCGGCGACCUGUCUGAACGAGGCUAUGAAAUCACCUACGAAUCACCAAAGAGCGAAAGCUUGGGAUUGUUUCUGCACGGAGAGAGGACAUAUGAUCACCUCCUCUUCCUCCCCACCACGAUUAAAGGACUUGGACCCAAAAUGACUCCCCAGGCUAUCAUCGAGUUCAUCAAUGCCGGCGGAAACAUCCUCGUUUCCAUGUCCUCCACCCAUACCGUGCCUUCCACUCUCGACGCCGUCCUGACCGAGCUCGACAUUCACAUUCCCGCUGAGCGCACCGCCAAGGUCGUCGACCACUUCUCAUACGACACUAUUUCCGCCUCCGAGGACCACGAUGUCCUCGUCCUCGAGGCUCCUCCUGCCGUCCGAAAGGGCAUGAAGGAUUACUUCGAGAUCCCUGGCGCAUUCCUCUCCGUUCCUCGCGCUAUCGGCCACAUUCUCGGCAACGGGCAGCUCCUUACACCCGUCCUUCGCUCUCCUGCUACAGCUUACAGCUACCACCCCAAGGAGCAGAACAAGACAAUCGAGCCUGAUGAGCUGUUCUCUUCUGGCCGACAGCUUAACCUCGUCACUGUCUUCCAGGCUCGCAACUCUGCGCGUGUUACCGUCAUUGGUGCCGCUGAGAUGUUCCAGGACAAGACUUUCGACACCAAGGUUGCUCGACAGGGUGGUCAGGCUCAGUUCCCUGCCAACCGUGAGUUUGUCACCAACUUGGCUGCUUGGACUUUCCAGGAGCUUGGUGUUCUGCGAGUGAACAAGAUUGAGCACCGCCUUGACGGUAGCAACGAGACUAACCCCGACGGAUACCGCGUCAAGAAUGAUGUGUCCUACAACAUCUCUCUGUCCGAGUACGCCUGGAACAACUGGCAACCCUACCACCUCCCCGAGGGCGAUAAGAUCCAGCUUGAGUUCUCCAUGUUGUCCCCUUUCUGGCGUCUCAACCUCAAGCCCAUCCUCUCCAACGAGCACGAAACCAUCUACGGCACCAACUUCACCCUCCCCGACCAGCACGGCAUCUUUAACUUUAUGGUCAACUACAAGCGCUCUUUCCUCACCAACAUCGAGGAGAAGAAGACAGUCAGCGUACGACAUUUGGCUCACAACGAGUAUGAUCGAAGCUACACUAUCAAUGGAGCUUGGCCUCCUCUGGCUGGUAUCUUUUUUACCAUCCUCGGUUUCCUGGCCUUCUCCGUCGUAUGGCUGUACAGCGCGAAGCCCACGGAGGGACAAUCUGUGAAGAAGACGCAAUAA